CAACCACCAGACAGACACACCCACGUGUCUCCAUUUACGUGACGAAGAUGAUGAACACACACCCACAACACACAUUACACACACAACACAUUGUUGAACAACAAUCUGCAACCCCAUGUUCGUUUUACUGGAUUAGGUUAACCUAAUUUCUUCUUCUGCGAUCAUAAAGCUAUGGCUUUCACAGUAAUCCCCAAUCUAUCUCCUCCAACUUUCACUCGUCUCCAUCUUCAUCAAUCCUCACAGAAACCUCCAUCUUCAUCGCAUUCCGCAACUCACCACAACCAUAACGGUGUCAGUCUACAAUCCUCCGUCGAAACGCCGCCGGUUCGUGUCAGGGUUACUCCCCCGAGCGAUCCUCGACAAGAUUUCUACGUUAAUCUCGGCUUAGCUGUUCGAACUCUCCGCCAUGACUUGCCUCUCCUCUUCUCUACAGAUCUCAAUUACGAAAUCUACAGAGACGAUAUCACCUUCGUUGAUCCUCUGAACAAGUUCACCGGAAUCGAAAACUACAAGCUCAUCUUCCGUGCAUUACGUUUUCACGGCCGUAUCCUAUUCAAAGACAUCUCCUUGGAGAUUUUUAGGGUUUGGCAGCCAUCGGAGAACCUAAUUUUGAUCCGAUGGAACCUCAAAGGAACCCCUCGUGUCCCAUGGGAAGCUAAAGGCGAGUUCCAAGGUACUUCCCGUUACAAACUGGAUCGAAAUGGCAAAAUCUACGAGCAUAAAGUCGAUAAUCUAGCUUUCAAUUUCCCUAAACAGCUAAAACCAGCUACAUCUGUUCUUGAUUUUGUCUCUGUUUGUCCUCCUGCUACACCUAACCCUACAUUCUCAUGGACUACUACUACUACCCUAGAUUCAACCUAUUCAUCUUCUUCAUGGCUAGACUUCUAUCGUGCAGUUAAGAACACAUUGGAUCCUAGCUAUACCUAUGAUUAUGAUUAUUCCGGUUUGCUAGAUUACCAGCUAGUUGCCACUUGUUUAUAGUCAGUGUGUUCAUUUAUUGUUAUGUAUACACAUACUCUACAUUAUACGAUAUAACAACACUACACAAUAGAUAGAGUUGAUUGUGGAUCAUUUGAUUUACGAUAUAAAAUUUGUAUGCAAAAUGCAUUCAAUUCUUCUAUUACAGGAUGAGUUAAACUACAAUAGAUUCAAAAAAGUUCACUUUUUUUUUUUUGUGAAGAAGAUACAUGACUACAGACCAUAAUGUAAAAAAAAAAAAAACAAUGGUCUCUGAUGUGAGAUCCAACUAAGAUAUUGGUUCUAAAAUCAAGAAGAUGGAAGCCUGUUGAGAGGUCUGAUACUUGCAACUUU